AUGGCUUCCCAGAUCAGUAAAACAGCGUCUUCUUCUUCUUCUUCUUCUAUGUCUCCUACUUCCAUCUCUAAAGAUGAGUAUGAUGUCUUCUUGAGUUUCAGCCGGGAAGACAUCGGCAAAAGUUUUGCUGAUCAUCUAUAUGCAGCUUUGGUUAAAAAAGGGCUUCAUCCCUUUAGAGAAGCUAUUGGAAAACCUGAAAGCAAAGAAGCUAUUUCAUCGGAAUCCUUGAUGGCUAUUGAGAAAUCGAAGGUUUUCAUUGUAAUGUUCUCCAAAAGCUAUGCUCAAUCCCGCUAUAAUUUGGAUGAACUUGUCAAAAUCAUGGAGUGCACACAAGCAACGAGAAAAGUAGUUGUUCCAGUUUUCUAUCAUGUGAAUCCAUCUGAUGUGCGGAAACAAAAGCGUAGUUAUGGAGAAGCAUUUCACGAUCACGACGCAAAGCAGGAGAAGGAAAAGAUAGACAAUUGGAGGACCGCCUUGACGGAAGCAAGCAAAUUAAAAGGAUAUUAUCAUCUUGAUCAAGACCGGUAA